AUGCCAAGCAAGCGUCGAAAUAACGGUCGUUCUAAGAAAGGUCGUGGCCAUGUUGUAGCGAUAAGAUGCAGCAAUUGCGGAAGAUGCGUAUCUAAGGAUAAAGCAAUCAAGCGUUUUGUUGUAAGGAAUAUUGUUGAUGCUUCGUCACAGAGAGAUAUUCGUGAUGCAUCGGUUUACUCGACAUAUGCACUCCCGAAGCUGUACAACAAAAUGUGUUACUGUGUUUCAUGCGCUAUUCACUCAAGAACCGUCCGUGUUAGGAGUGUUACCGACAGAAAAAUCAGGGCUAAUCCAAAUUCUCAGAGGUUUAAGGCUCAAGUCUAA